CGAUGCCUAUAUCAGGACAGCCUCAGUCUCAUCAGGACUCCUAAUAUGGCCACCGUACCAAUGUCUUUUCUCCAUGUCUUCUCAGAGUCCAUCCGAUUGGCUGUCAUCAUAGGAGUGGCUGUGGGGGCAUUCCUCGCCCUCAUUGUCCUCAUGGGCACAUUGGGUGCCUUCUGCUGUGCACGCUUCCAGAGGAAAGACGUUCACCUCGUCAUGUCCUCCUUACCCGUAUCCAUCUCCUCUCGCCAGAGAGACCUGGCAAGCAAAAUUAAAACAGAGAACCUCAAAGGAGUGGGUUUGGCAAAAAACGACAUCCGGGUGGAGAUUGUUCACAAGGAUCACAACUCAGCGCGGGAAACAGAGGAGCACACAGCAAUCAAGCAGAUGAUGAUUGAGCGUGGGGACUUCCAGGCACAGGAGUCUGUGCUGAAGCAGCUGGAAGUCCUACAAGAGGAAGAGAAGGAGUUCCAGCACAUUAAGGAUCCAACAAAUGGCUACUACAGCGUCAAUACUUUCAAAGAGCACCAUGGCACCCCGACUAUGUCAAUGGCCCCCAGCCAGACCGGCGGCGCAGAAGUCCGGAACCCUUCGGCUUCCUCUUCAGCCACCAUGGGCAAGCAACGUGUGCCCACAGGCAUGUCCUUCACCAACAUCUACAGCACGCUGGGUGCCGGGCCCAACCGCCUGUACGACUACAGCCAGCGUUUCGUGCUAGGCAUGGGCAGUAGCUCCAUCGAGCUGUGUGAGCGUGAGUUCCAGCGGGGCUCGCUCAGCGACUCCAGCUCCUUCAUCGACACGCAGUGCGACAGCAGCGUGAGCAGCUACAGCAAACAGGACGGCUACGUGCAGUUUGACAAGGACAGCAAGGCCUCGGCCGCCUCCUCCUCCUCCCACUACUCGCAGUCGUCCUCGCAGAACUCAGACCUGACGCGGCCGCUGCAGAAACGCAUGCAGACCCAUGUGUAAUGGCAGAAGGAGUUACAGUAUGGAUGGAUCGGACAGGAUGGGUCGAGGAUAGCACCUUUGGACACUCUGAGGAACACUGCCUGACCGGUGUACAGUGCUAUAUUUUUGUUUGGUUUGUACUCUGGUCCUCUACUAAUAUGGACACUGUACGUACCAUACUUUUUACAUACACACAGUACAUGUUCUUUUGAUUACAUGGGAUAGACUGCAUUCUCCUUGAAACAAGCUCAUCAACAAAAAAAUCAUCUAAAGAACAUCAUAACCUUGAGAGCCACAAUUGGUCGAAAAAGAUGCCAAUCAAUGUCCAUUUUCUCAAUGAACAUUGCUCUGCUGUUGACCCCUAUUCUGUUUCGACUAGUGGACUUCCUCAAAACGUGCAGAUGUAGGUAUUAUUCACACAUCUGUGUGGAAUAAUUCCAGUAUUGUAAAAAAGUUGCUGUUUAUCAUCUAAAAAGACAAACUGUUGGGACUAUGUUCAGCUGCCCAGUUGGGGUUUGAAGCACAAAGUGGUAUUGUUAAAAACUGCCAGAGGCAUUUCUUGUAUCCGCGGGAGAAAAAAACCUUAGAUGGAUAAUGAAACCUCUGAGGAAAGAUGGAGGGAGCGGCAGGCUGUGUAAUGAAAAGGAACACCUUGCCAACUGACUGAAGGACUGACCUGCAGGUCUAAUAUCUCUACACUUGGACUACUUUAAUACUCAAUGGAUUAUACAUUUUGGUUAUCUAAGUAUAUUCUAUAUUUUGCUCCUUUACUUUGGACUAACGGAGAUGUUUUGCCUUUUUGAUGUAUGCCUUGUGAAAGUUCACUACUGAGUCACAGGUCACAGAUAAAUGCAUGGAGAAGUGGAUGUGUCAUACUGUUGUACUACUUCACUUGAGCUAACGUAUCAAAUGCUUUGUUCACUCACAAACUGUUGGUUUCUUUCUUAUGGUCAAGGACAUCUGUACUUUCCCAUUCAAUGUGUGACACUUGCAGCUUGAUCGUGUGUGUGUGAGCAGAUAGCUGUGGAGCCAAAUACAGUGUUAUUGCUGCCGGAGAUGUUCUCAUUUUUGUGGCUUGCCAUACUUAGCUGAUAUUGUGUUGUUUACACUGGAGCUCUGUAAAUCCAGCAUUUUUGUGUACUGUGAUUUGACUACUGAAUGACAGGGAUAAAGAUAAAGUUACUUUUUUCUGUC